UGUUUAAUAUACCUUUGUUAUUUAGUAUUGUUAUGUGCUUACUUUAUUUUCGCUUAAUCUGAAGUUUCGCCAUUGUAACGUUAACGCAUUAGAUGAAAGAGACAGACAAACGUUGUAGCAUAUAACGUUAACUUAACGGAGAUAGAUAUGCUCAUUUUGUUUUUCUCGUGGAGUACAACUUCAGUCUGCCCAACUGAGACGAGUUGUUUUUGAGCUGAAUAUGAAAGUGUAAAUAUUGUUGUGUGCUGGGAUGGGUUCUCCAACAAAAGAUGCAACACCACACAGAGCCAACAAUUGUACCCCUGGUCGAGAACCUGACUCCCCACUUCCACCCAUCCAUGAGCGGCUGGCAUACCUGCGUCCCUCGAGGGAACUACUGGAGUUCUACAGAGAGAAGAUCGCCCAGUUUGAUGGAGAACAUGAGGAGCUUCUGCAAAUGCUGGAGAAGUACAGAGGCAUCACAGAGGGCCAGCAUAAACUACAGUGGGAGGUACGGCAGCGUGAGGGAGAGAUUGCGGAGCUGCAAAGCGCUCUGAGUGACAUGCAGGUCUACCUUUUCCAAGAGAGAGAACAGUCUCUUCGGCUUUAUGCAGAAAAUGACCGACUUAAGAUCAGAGAGUUGGAGGACAGGAAGAAAAUCCAUCACCUUCUUGCCCUGGUGGGUCCUGAUGCAGGAGAGAUCACAUAUUUCCACCGGGAACCUCCUCACAAGGUCACUGUCACACAGAGGAACGCCGAGUCCAGGUUGGAGGAAAACCUCAAUCUCAGACCAACAAAGUUCAGACCUGCUGCGACCAGGAAAGCAGAGAGUAGCAGGAGAACCAAAUCCACAGACGGGAUAAAUGGAGAGAGCCUGGAACAAUACAAGAACGAUAACCAGACGUUGUUACUACAGGUGGAGGCUCUGCAGGCUCAGAUGGAGGAACAAACCCGUCUGGCUAAAGAGCAGGUAGAGUCUCUGCUGGAGGAUCGACGGAUUAAAACAGAGGAGGCACAGGCCCAAUGGCAGAGGGAUCAGGAGCGAAUCACAACUCUGACUGACAAGCUUGAGCGAACCCAGAACCUUUUGUAUGAGAGCACCCGAGAUUUCUUACAGCUAAAGUUUGACACACGGGCUCAUGAGAAGAGCUGGAUGGUGGAGAAGGACCGGCUGCUGAGGGAGCUGGACUCCUGCCACAACCGCCUGAGGAAGACUGGGUCUGCCGGUGCUGAGCUGGGCAGAACGUGGCAGCCCAGCAGCAGCACAGCCCUGCUCCUCCCCCGGCCUCAGCCAGAGUCACAGCACACACACAAGGAGGAGCUCAAAGCAAUGCAAGAGGAUCUGAAGCAAGCCCAUCGUCUGGCAGAGAUGUACAGGGAGCAAUGUAUUACACUGGAGACAGAACUGUCCCAAAUCAGAGAGGAAGGAGACGUGGGCAGGGAAAUAUUUAAGGAGCGUUCAGACAAAAUGGCCAAGCGUCUUCAGCUGAUGACUCAGCGUUAUGAAGCGCUGGAGAAGAGGAGGGCCAUGGAGGUGGAGGGCUUCAAGACAGACCUGAAGCACCUCAGACAGAAGUUCAAAGAUGUGGAAAAACAACUCCUCAAGGCUACUCUGAAUAUUGGGCCCAACCAGGACUUAGCCAUUCUGCAUGAGGUACGUCAGACCAACGGCAGGACAAAGAAGGUGCAGGGUGAGCUGAUGGCGCUGAAGGCUAAGAUCUAUGGACUGGAAAACCAGCUGAGAUUCAGCUGAGGACUGGACUGUGGUGUCUACUGUCUGCCUAUAGAAGACAAUCUAUGUGAGGUUUAUCUCAGUCAUGUCUGUUUGUGCUACUUAGUUCUGAAACUUAGAGUGAAUGUUAUUUCUAUUUUUGUACUUUUGGAUUAAUAAAAAUGUUUUGCUACGAUGAUUUUAAAUGAA